CCGUCGAGUCCGUAGCAUAGAACAACAAAACGCCCGAUAACAACUAAAGUCGCGUUUUAUUUUUAAUACUCUUCGGUAUUGUCGUUUUUGCUACAAAAUAAUUAACCGAGGGCUGGAUUUAAUUAGUUUCCGUCGCGCUUUAUGGGUUCCCGGGCGAUGUUGUUUAUCUGUAGUAAAGGGGGAGCUUGAAACCGACCUCCCUUGCCCCAUUUCCUCGGUUGUUUUCCUUCUCUCGCCUGGAUUCUCCAUGUUGUUGGAGCUAAAGUGAGGACUUCGUAUGGACGUGAGCGGGGGGCGUUCUGUGCGACUAGGGCCUUCGGAAAACGCGCUAGCCGUUCGGUGAAGUGGUGGGACGCACACCGAAGUGCCUUCGCCCUCGUCCAGUUGGCCUGGAGAAGACGAGGACGGCGGACCCAGGCGAGGAAGCCCGCACCCGCCGAGCGCCGAGGCGGAUGACAAGUUCACCCGACUGCUGCUUGAAGCCGUCAGAGGGAUGCCCACCGGUGCUGGGGGGCAGGAUUUGAGGAUUUCGAGGGCUCCGUGAUUGUCAGAUGGAAAGUUCUGUUAUCACCCAAGUGCAAAAAGAAGACGUUCAAGUGUCGCCGAAAGCAGGACAGGUGGGCCGCUCUGUCCUGAAACAACCUCGGAGUUGUAACAUCUUCAAGGCACUCUUCUGUUGCCUACAAGCUCAAGAUGGCUCCAAACCAUCUCCAUCACUACCGCCGCCUCCUUCGCAGCAAACCUUGCUGGAGACACAGGAAAAUGGAGAAGUUGUCAAGCUUCCAAGUCUCCUGCCUGAGGUGAAGUUCCAGGACCAGGGGAAGAUCUGCGUGGUGAUAGACCUGGAUGAGACCCUUGUACACAGCUCUUUCAAGCCCAUUAACAACGCAGACUUCAUCGUGCCUGUCGAGAUAGAGGGGACCACACACCAGGUGUAUGUGCUGAAGAGGCCGUACGUGGACGAGUUCCUGCAGAGGAUGGGCGAGCUGUUUGAAUGUGUGCUGUUUACAGCCAGUCUGGCAAAGUAUGCCGACCCAGUGACGGACCUGCUGGAUCAGUGUGGCGUGUUCCGGGCCCGCUUGUUCCGGGAAUCUUGUGUUUUUCACCAAGGCUGCUACGUUAAAGACUUGAGCCGUUUGGGUCGAGACCUUCACAAAACCCUCAUCCUCGAUAACUCUCCUGCCUCCUACAUCUUUCAUCCAAACAAUGCAGUUCCGGUGGUUUCAUGGUUCGAUGACGUAGACGAUACGGAGCUUCUCAAUCUCCUGCCUGUGUUUGAGGAACUAAGUCAAGCUGAUGAUGUCUAUGCCCGGCUGGACCAGCUCAGAGGACAUUAAGUCACCUUCACUUUUGCUCCCUCAAACCAAAGUGGCAUCAGUUAUAUACUUACAUUUACUCAUUUAACACGUGCGUUAGCUUGCAGGACACAAGUGUCUGCGGUGUGACACAAUAUUUCAGAUUGGAAAUUGAAGGCCUUCUGCUCACAAUCUUGUCAACUCCCUUGUGAAAGGGAGGAGGAAAAUGGAGCACCAGCUGAGGUGUCCCGUCACAGAGCGCUGCUGAGUUAGUGAGCGUCUCUUCUGCCAAAACAGAAUGGCCUGGCCCUGCUCUUGACUUGACCUUUGGACAUGUUUUUACUGAUGUGCCUUCCAAGGAACAACUAAAAACAUCAGCUCUUUUUUUUUAAAUUUUCCUUUGUAGAUUUUAUACAGUUUUUUAAAAUAUCGUAAUCUAUUUUUUUAAAUGGCCAAGAUAGUUCGACUAUGCAAUGCAGUUCUGCAGACACACAGUCCAUACCUCUUAAUGCAGUCAAUAAUUGCAUUUAGCAUUGGAAAUAUGAACCAUAUUGGUCUGUGAAUGAGCAGCAAAACAAGUGGAAUCAACAUCUGUUUCGUCACGCAAAAAAAAAUACCUUUGAUAAAACGCUCUGCAAUGAUCUGUAUGAAGCAAACACACUGGAAUAUAUCGGUCGUCGUGUUGGUUGUGAUGUGAAAGUAAUUGAUCUAUGUUCGACCAAGUGGAAAGGAAAAGGUGUGCCUUUGUGAUCCCAAUCGUGAACGGUGUUCUGCCUGAGAAGAGAUUUGUUGGCCUGCGCAGGGUGACGCGUCAUGCUGGCCGUGAAAAAAAAACACUGUCGAGAGCAGGUGUGAAGCCACGUGGCCGAGGUACUUGCUCUGCAACACUUGAAAUUUAAAAUUCACCUCUUUUUGAAGUGUGUAAGUUGCUGUAUUUAUUUGCCAAAUGGUUCUUAUGUUGAAAAGUUUGACAUGUUGUACUGCAAUCUGUUGUGUCCCGCUCUCGAUCUGUGCCUAAUCACCUUCACUGUCCAAGUUAGUGGACUUUGGAGCUCAAACUCAAAUCCAGUUUUCAGUCAUGCAAUCAUUCUUCUUCUUCUUGUUGGACAUUCAUUUGAACAGACGUUGGCUUUGGGACUCUCGCGACCUGAAUUCUGUUUGGUGCCCAAUGCAAUUAUUGGCUGCAUGGUGACAAGUGGGAUGACAAGGAAAAUGUACCUGUUGUGAUGACCAAAAGUAUUUGUUAGACAGCCACCAUUUGUUGAAAUGUAUUGAAAGAAAUACAAAGAAAACGCAUUUUGUAAACCCGAUCUGACCAAAGGUCUAACAGACAAGGUGCUACCAAUUCAUUACAUUUAGAAUAAAAUUGGUUAUAUUUUA